AAAUCAAACAUGAUAAAGCGGUGGUCGGCACGUGAAGAUUUCCAGGAAUUUACAAAUUAAUUAUUCAUAGUCUGUAUUAGACUUAAUUACAUCCCGAAUCUCCCAAAUUACGGCACCGCGACUUCGUGAAUGGGAAAUCGGCAAUCGAAAAGAAAAUAUUGCUCACGCAAGUAUAACCUAGAAAAUUGCGCGAUACAAUGUUACAGAAAAUAAAGGAAGAAUUAAACGAACAGGAAUUUCGGAGAUCUGCUUGACGUGCAUACAAGGAAUCUUUCAAAAUCCCGUCGAUUUCUUAGAAACGCGAAAUGCUGUUUACGGUCGAGAGAUACGCGAUUCGCGCGAGCGCACGGUAUCUACGGCGAUGUUUCUCAACCAGUGUUGACGUUUCGGUAAACCAUUCACGAGAAGUCGCUCAGCAGUCCAACGGGAGUCCCACGUCGAUAACAUCCGAGGCCAAGAAGUCCCUAAGGAUCGCCUUUCUAGGCGCGCCGAAUGUCGGAAAAAGCACGCUCGUUAACCAACUUAUUAAGCGAUCGGUAUGCCCUGUAUCCUGCAAAGUGCACACCACGCAAGCCAAAGCGCACGCAAUUUAUUGCGAAGGUGAUACUCAGCUGGUAUUCAUGGACACACCCGGCAUGGUUUCCGAGAAGGAAUGUAAAAAGUUCAAGUUAGCCGGCAGCUUCAAAGCAGAUCCAAAGGCCUCGUUGCAAGCGGCGGAGGUUGUAGGAAUCGUGCAGGACGCUGAGAACAUAUACACCAGACACAAGAUCAAUUGGAACAUACUGGGACUCUUGACCGAAGAUGUAAGAAAAAGGAUUCCUGUAAUUCUGAUCAUCAACAAAGUAGACAGAUUGAAGAAGAAGGAUAUAUUACUCGAUUUCGUACACACUCUUACCAACAGCAAGGUGUCUCCAGAUUUCUCCGACGUAUUCAUGAUAUCUGCCUUGACCGGGGAUGGCGUUGACGACUUGAGGACUUAUCUAUUGGACUCCGCUCAGCCGCGAGCCUGGGAGUACGAGGGACACGUUUACAGCGAUAAUACAUGCGAAGAUAUAAUACGACAGACAGUGCGGGCAAAACUGAUGGACAUUUUGCCCAACGAGAUUCCUUAUGGUUUACAGGUGAAACUGGAACACUUCGAUCCAGGACCCGACGACAGUAUCAAGGCGCUGGUAUCCGUCACGUGUCCCACCAAGCGAAUUGCUCGCCUACUAACGCGCGGCAGUAACAACAGAAUAGGUCAGAUUGCCGUUUCAACAGAGGAAGCGUUGCGGCACGCUUUUCGAACGUCGGUGAGAUUGAAGCUCGCAGUGCAGUCUCCGACGUGAUUAGACUCAUAUUUGUUAUCUGUAAAAUAAAGUUAAAUAUUUGGAUUACAA